CACUACCGUAUGACUUAUCGCAACAUGUUCGACUUCUUACCUGACUUCGAUCCUGCAGGUUUCUGGACGGCUUGCACUCUUCUUCUCAUAACUUCCGGCUACGAAUAUCACCGUCAACCCUGGGUGCCCCGCAGAGCAAUGGCAGCUACGAUCUCCGACCGAAUCUACAGAUUUUGCACAGCUCCUACAAGUAUAUCGUCCGAGUUGACAAAGAAUCCAUCUGGGGAGCCUGCUCAUCUUGCCGAAGUGUUAUAUGGUGGUCAGCAUUUUGCCAUCACGGAGCACAAAUCACGCACUCGGCAGCCUGCGAGUGCUGCAGAACUUCAACGUGUACGACAAUGCGGCAACUGGGGCGACAGUGACCCAAGCGAACUGUUUCUACAAUGUUACCACGCUGCUCUCUGCUCGCUCGAACACGAUCCGCUCGCCGGCAUGGUGAGUCCUAGCUUAAUGGGUAGCAGUGGAGUUCUUCCUGUCACAGUGAUUGCUCCACUGCCUGAUAUCUGUCGGCACAUGGCAAAUCUGAUUGUUCGCGCGGAGAAGGACGUAUUCCUGGCGACAAACUUCUGGAUCGCAUCUGGAGCAGCAAGUAUCAUUACAGACGCCAUAAGAGAGUUGUCCAGGCGUGCCGGCGAGCGUGGUGAAAGAAUCGUCAUGAAGAUUAUGUACGACCGCGGAAACAUCAAGCAAGUCGUCGACAAUCACCAGAUGAUGUCGCCAAAGCAGUACACUGCAGAUGCUGUGAAGUUGCCAGCGCCUGAAGAGAUACCACAUAUCGAUAUGGAGGUGCAAAAUUUCCACCGUCCAAUGCUUGGGACCUUUCACUCCAAGUUCAUGGUCGUCGAUCGAAGAAUUGCAGUCGUACAAAGCAACAACAUUCAGGACAACGACAAUCUAGAGAUGAUGACGCAUGUUGAGGGGGCAAUAGUGAACUCGAUUUAUGACACCGCAUUGCUUUCCUGGGCUAGACAUCUCAACCCUCCAUUGCCAUCUCUAGACACUCCAGCAAGCAACAAACACAUAUCAAUGUUCCACAAUCCUGCAUUCCAGGCACUGUUUGACGAGAAUGGCGGUCUACGGGUACACCAAGACAGUCUUCUGAAUAAGAACCUCGACGACUCAAAUAAAGACCUUUCUUUGCCAGAUCGCAGGAACAGAUCGCACGACUCAGACAUUGUUGCUGAGAUUGAGCACAUGCAAGCAAUACUUUCGCCAGGGGAUGGCGAGACACAAAUGGAUGCUGUUACACGGCACCUCAACCUUGCAAAAAAACUGGAUCGUAAAGGCACAGCACCACAAUGCAGAUCAGAAGAUGACAUGAUACCAAUACACCCGCACAAGGCCCAUGCUCCUUUUCCCAUGGCACUUGUCAAUCGACGACCUUGGGGUGCGCCAAACCAUGAGUGUGUCAAUGUUCCGCAGAACGAGGCCUGGUUGGCGGCAAUCCGGAACGCUCAAAAGACGGUCUUUAUCCAGACGCCGAAUCUCAAUGCUUCCCCGCUUGUACCUGCGUUGAAAGAAGCAGCUCGCCGAGGCAUCGAAGUCACCUAUUAUGUCUGUUUGGGUUACAAUGACGCCGGUGAACUCCUGCCGUUUCAAGGUGGCCACAAUGAGAAGAUCGCCAACGAGAUGUACGAGAAUAUGAGUGAAGAGCACAGGAAAAACUUGCGAGUCCAUUACUACGUGGCCAAAGAUCAGAUAAUACCGAUCCAUAACAAGUUUAAGACAAGGAGUUGUCACAUCAAGCUUAUGAUUGUCGACGAUCAUGUCGGUAUACAGGGUAACGGCAACCAAGACACGCAGUCGUGGUUCCAUUCGAUGGAGGUCAACAUCAUGAUCGAUUCCUACCACAUCUGUAGAGAUUGGAAAGAGCAACUUCGGAGAAAUCAGAAUACGCAUCUCUAUGGACUGGCGUCGCAGGAAGACGGAAUAUGGAGGGACGAGGACGGAAAGGAGGUGGAAGGUGCAAUCGGGAAGGACCCAGGGAAGUUCCCCUGGGCUAAAGGGUUAGUCGGUGCGGUGCAGCGCGUCAGAGGUGCUGGCGGAUUUUAGGAUAGCUGAUGGACUUUGAUCUCUCCUAGUGUUUGUCAACUUAGCGUUUCCAUCAGUACUAGGCGCUUCUCUCUUUUAUAUGUACGUCACAUCCCAUUCGAGUCGCCCUAUUA